AUGCAGCUCAAGAACUUCCUCCUCGCCACCUCGGCCGUUGCCUCUGCCGCCGCUCUCCCGGCCGCCGAGUCCGCCCAAAGCGAGGCCUUUGGCGUUGUCGCCAUCCACUCCGGCAGCGACGUCCAGUACGCCUCCUUCAACGCUGCUAAGAGCAGCAUCUUCGCCGGCCUGCCCAACCAGAACGCCUCCUGCGACCGGCCCGACGAGACGUCCGCCACCUUCUACAUCGACAACGGCGCCCUGUGGCUGUACUCCAACUCCAACCCUCCUCAGGAGGUCUACGUUGACCGUUCCGGCAUGGGCCAAGGCAAGAUCGGCUACACCACCGGCGCCCAGCCCGCUCCCAGAAACGGCGAGCGCAAGGGCUGGGCCAUCACUGCGGAAAACCACCUUCAGUUCGAUGGAUCCGAUCUGAUUGCUUGCCCCAACAGCAUUGACGGAGCCUGGAGCAUCUGGGCCAACGCGGGCGUCGCCAACCCUGGCGGGAACGAGGGCUGUGUCAGCAUUGCUGCUCGUGUUGAGAAGACUAACAAGCCCAACAGCUGCCUCUACACCGAGUAG